AUGGGGAUCGCAGCCUGCACUUCCAAAACCUUCCUGAUCCUCAUCAGCCUUGUCUUCCUGGUGGCAGCAGCUGGACUGGCAUAUGUCGGGAUUAAUGCGAUUGUCACCUAUAAGCAAUAUGAGGAUUUCCUGGGGAACAUGUAUGUGAUGCUUCCAUCUGUGAUCAUUCUAUGUGUGGCCGUGUUCAUGCUCAUCAUCGGAUGCCUUGGCUUCUGCUCCACCAUUCGGGAAUCCAGCUGCGGACUGGGAUGUUUCAUCACCAUGAUUUCCAUCAUAUUAGUGGCUGGAAUGGCGUCUCUUGUGUUGGGACUCGUAUACAAAGAUAAGAUUAAUCCAGAACUGGAGAAAAACAUGAACCUCUUUUUCCAGAAGUACAAUGGAAAAAAUGUAGAAAGUUCCACUGUGGACUUCAUCCAGGAAGAGUUGCAGUGCUGCGGAAUAAAGAACUACACCAGCUGGGAGAACACAACCUGGUAUAAAACCAAUCACACAGUGCCCAAAAGCUGCUGUAUGAAGAAUGCCACUCAGUGUACUGGAGAUCUGACUGACCUUAAAAAGCUCUACACUGAGGGCUGUGAAGCUAAACUAGAGAACGUUCUACACAAAGUCCUCGGCUUCUCCAUGCUGAUCAUUCUUGGCUUCGUGAUUGUUGAGCUCAUUUGUUUGAUCAGCUUGUGUAUGAUCUAUCGCAAAAGAGACUAUCAAGGAUAUGAGAUACUCUAG